CCGUUGGGUGCGAUGUCGCCGCGUUUUCUGAGUCCUGGGGGCCGAGGGAUGUGCGUCAAAGCCCAAAGGGGCACUCUGCGCUUCCCAUCCUCUGGGUAUUUAGGCCACGCGGUCUAGGUCGUUAUUGUCUUGCCAUCCAUCCGUGCGACCACCGUACGGAACUAGGGGAUCUGUCGAAUCUCGCUGUUGUUUCCCCCAGCCCGCUCCUCGCACCUCUCGUUGCCGUCGCGACCAGGGGAUGAAGUAUGCUCCAUAUUCUGCCCAUAUGCCUGGCGUCAUCUUCCAGACAAACAGCUAUAUUUUCAGGCUUACCCAACUCCUCGGCUGAGUUAACAGACGAUUCCGUGAAUUUUCAGCAAAUAUAUCCUGCACCCACUACAGUGACGCAGUACGCUGCACUCCAGGAAGGUAGCGGACGGCAUGACUGUAUCCCUCUGCAUCUUUCACUACGGAGGGUAGCUUUCGUCUCUCUGGGUCGUCAAGACAGCCAGCCGGUGGAGAUUAUCAUUGAGGAAUCUGAACUGUCACAACGUAGCGUAGGUCACACCGAUUCCAAACCUCGAUGCUCCAACGGACACCGCAACACGCCUGCUGGCGACAAAAAGUCGGUUACAAUCGCACAGGCUCAUCUUCGAGCCUCCCACUCCAGCAAUAACCCGAUCCGGGUUCAAAAAGGUGCCAGUCAGCGAAGUACCCACCGUACGCACCCGUAUUCUACUGCCCAAGCGGCCACGAAGACCACAGAACCGGAUCCAUGUAGUAUCUCAAAAUCCUAUUCUCUCGAGAUAGUACAACACCCGGUAAAAACAGCUGAAUUCGGAGAUGCAACUCUUAGCCGUCUACCGUUGGCACCACCCCUGAUAGCCCGACUUGUGGUGUCGGACAAUCCAGAGGCGGAAAUAGUCGAUGAUCCGGACCUUCAAUUCCUCGUGGCACAGGUUUCGAUCCACCCUGGUCAAGGUAUUCCACCAGUAGUGGCCCCGCCGGAGCAAACAAGCCAGGCAAAUACUCCACGCUUACUUUACGGAAAUCUCGUCUCCUCGCCGCACACACUGCUCAAUCUCCAAGGGCGACAAGGGGUAUAUUUUCUGUUCCCAGAUGUUAGUGUGCGCAGACGGGGUCAAUACCAGCUUUGCGUUACCUUACUCAGACUGCCGAGGCUGGAUCUGCCUGAGUUCAUGAGCGGCCACAGCGCCGGCGCGGCUCUCGCUCAGGCCCGGUCUUUACCAUUUGACGUACUCCCGCGGGAAGGCUACACUGCGCCUGGCAUACACUCAUGCAUGCUCCGGAAGUGUUCAUUGUCACCAAGCUCAAACCCGUUGACACAAUAUUUUCUGCAACAGGGAGCCCGCAUGUACGCCUUCUCGACACCCCCUCCGUCUUCCUCUUACAGGGGCUAGACAUCCGUGGCAAACGGCUAUCCAAAUUUCAUUCUUGCGGUACGUACGAUCUGCAACGAUUGCAACGGUAUGCUCAUGUAGUAGGUGCUCUCCUCCGGAACACUACAGCUGCUCAGCAUAUAGAUGAGGAUGCGGUCCAUUCAUUUCAACCCUUUCACGCGUUCGUUGACCAUCCUGUGUACCAUAUUCAGAUAUUCGUUCUUCUCCGAUUCUUGAUCGCUGCGCACCCCACGGUCCAUU